AUGAUAACUCGUGCAUAUGGUGGUAUUCGAUUAAAAGAUAUAAUUCGUCAAAUUUAUAUAGAAUCUGGUGAUGGUAUUCGAGGUUUUUAUAAAGGUUAUUUAAUAACAUUAUCAAUGUCUCUUCCAUUUAAUUCAAUUGUUUGGACACUUUAUUGGAAAAUUCAAUCACAAUUUGAAAGAAUUAUUUCAAGAAACUAUGAUUAUAUUGUAAGUCCAUCGUCAGCAACAUUAGCUGCUUUGUUAGCAUCAUAUAUAACACAACCAAUUGAUGUUUUAAAAACACGUUUACAAGUCGCACUUAAAAAAGAAUCAAUUUUAAAAACAUUUAUCAUUCUUAUUCGACAGAGAGGUUUUAAAGGACUUUUUGCCGGUUCAAUUCCUCGAGCAUCAAUUAUUGUCCCAAAUACAGUUAUUAUGAUGUCUCUUUAUGAAAUAAUUAAACGUGCUUCAGCCAAAUCUAAAACUUAA